GCGCUAGUUUCCUGUGAACACUUCCGGGAUCAGCAAUUGCACAGUCCAUGCGACAUUUUUUUUGACAUCAUUUAUCCUUGCUACAUGGACUUUAGUUACUAAAUCCCGCUUCGGCAUAUUGUGUGAAUUUUAUUUUCUUUAAAGAGGAAAACUAUGAAUCAUAUUUUGCGAAAGGUGUCGGUCGUGCGGCAGGCGGUUGUGUUGAAUCAAGCUCUUACGUCAUGCAGGGCCACACCAUCCAUCCAGCAUCCUGUUUGGUGCGCGGCAUCCGUUAAUGAAAGGCAGUACAGGAGCAUGCCAACGCACGGGAUCGGGAGGUGGAAGCAUCUUUUAACUAAACGGCCGCCAAGGAAAAAGAAAGGCCCGAUCCAGAUGAGACCAAUCCUUCCUGCGACAUCCCAGGCCUACGGGACUCUUAAUGUGAAAGUGUCUGGUUAUGACAUGACACUGGUGGAGCAUUACUACCAGUAUGUCCACAACCUCUGCAUCCGGCUCGGCAUCAAAGUUGCAUACAGCUAUGCUUUACCAACCAAGAGCACAGAGGUCAUGCUGAUGCAAGAGCAAAGCAGCAAAAUGUACAUUGACUCCGUCCUGAAGACUCAUGAACGAGUGGUCCAGGUAAACCGUCUGAAAGCCACGACGUGUCCCAUCUUCAUAGAAGUUCUGUUAAAGAAUCAACCAGAGGGGGUCCAACUGUCUGUGACGGAGCACACCGAAGCUGAUUUCCACGCCCGCUUCAAGGUGCGUCCACAGCUGCAGGAACUCAGGGCUCAGAUCACUUCCAAAGCUUCUCUGUGAUCCCUAACUUUCCACCUCGCUAGCGACAAAAUACCUGUUUGACUUUAAUUAUUGUCCAGCAUUACUCAGUCAAAUGCUGUUAAAGUUCAUCAUGUGAAUUAAACAACUGUACAUUCAUA